GGGACAACAUCCCACCAACUGUUGAUGCUGACUUAAUGCAGAGUCACUUGGAUGGACUGGAUGGGUUUAAGUCAGCAGGCCCGGAUGAGCUGCAUCCGAGGGUGUUGAAGGAACUGGCCAGUGUCCUAGAACCACUGGCAGGACUGUUUGAGCAAUUGUGGUGCUUGGGUCAGGUCUUGGAGGACUGGAAAAGGGCCAAUGUGGUCCCUAUUUUCAAGAAGGGGAGGAAGGACGAUUCAAGUAAUUAUAGGCCAGUUAGUCUCACCUCUAUCGUUGGAGAAGUCUUUGAAAAAAUUAAGGAUCAUAUUUCUGUGAGUCUAACAGGAAAAAUAAUGCAGCAGAGCAACCAGCAUGGAUUCGUAGCAGGCGCCCACUCUCACAUCCGAGGGCUGGGCCUGGAUGAUGCCUUGGAGCCUAGACAGGUCUCACAGGGCAUGGUGGGGCAGCUAGCUGCCCGCCGUGCCGCCGGUGUCAUCUUGGAAAUGAUCAAGGAGGGGAAGAUUGCGGGCCGGGCUGUGCUUAUCGCUGGCCAGCCAGGCACGGGCAAGACUGCCAUUGCCAUGGGCAUGGCUCAGGCCCUGGGGCUGGACACCCCCUUCACAGCCAUCGCUGGCAGUGAGAUCUUUUCCCUGGAGAUGAGCAAGACAGAGGCACUGACUCAGGCCUUCCGGCGCUCCAUCGGAGUGCGCAUCAAGGAGGAGACUGAGAUCAUUGAGGGGGAAGUAGUGGAGAUCCAGAUCGACCGCCCAGCUACUGGCACUGGUGCCAAGGUGGGGAAGCUGACACUGAAGACAACAGAGAUGGAGACCAUCUAUGACCUGGGCACCAAGAUGAUUGAGUCCCUGACCAAAGAGAAAGUCCAGGCGGGGGACGUCAUCACCAUUGACAAAGCCACGGGCAAGAUCACCAAGUUGGGACGCUCCUUCACUCGAGCACGGGACUAUGACGCCAUGGGUUCCCAGACCAAGUUUGUGCAGUGCCCAGAUGGGGAGCUGCAAAAGCGCAAGGAGGUGGUUCAUACAGUAUCGCUGCAUGAGAUUGAUGUCAUCAAUAGCCGCACCCAGGGAUUCCUGGCUCUCUUUUCAGGUGACACUGGUGAGAUCAAGUCAGAGGUGCGGGAACAAAUCAACGCCAAGGUGGCUGAGUGGCGUGAGGAAGGCAAAGCUGAGGUCAUCCCAGGGGUGCUCUUCAUCGAUGAGGUGCACAUGCUAGACAUCGAGUGUUUCUCCUUCCUCAACCGGGCGCUGGAGAGUGACAUGGCGCCUGUGCUCAUUAUGGCCACUAACCGCGGCAUUACCAGAAUCCGUGGCACCAACUAUCGGAGCCCCCAUGGCAUCCCCAUCGACCUGCUGGACCGGUUGCUCAUCAUCUCUACUUCGCCCUACAGCGACAAGGAGACCAAACAGAUCCUCAAGAUCCGGUGUGAGGAGGAGGACGUGGAAAUGAACGAGGAUGCCUACACGGUGCUGACUCGCAUUGGACUGGAGACCUCGCUGCGCUAUGCUAUCCAGCUCAUCACCGCUGCCAACCUUGUGUGCCGCAAGAGGAAGGGUACAGAGGUUCAGGUGGAGGACAUCAAGCGUGUCUACUCCCUCUUCUUGGACGAGUCACGCUCCACCCAGUACAUGAAGGAGUAUCAGGAUGCCUUCCUCUUCAAUGAGCUCAAGGGGGAGAACAUGGACACCUCCUGAUGGACCCAGACCGCCUUCACUCCCCCUCAGCUCAGCCCUUGGCACCUGUUUUUCAAUUAGUAUAGGGUUUUUUGAUAAAAUAAAAUUUUUUUUUUUUUUUGGAGAAGAUUGGCUGGACACU